AUGGAGAUGGUGGGCAGGGUACCAGGGGAGCCUCUCCCACCUUCUACCUUUGUGGAGUUUGCAAUGGCUGCCACUGACUGUGUUGCUAAAGAGGUCACUGAUCCAGCCAAAUGCAACCUGCUGGUGAAUAAGCAAUACGGCUUCUGUAAGGCGACGCUCACUGAGAAGUUGGAUGGGGAAGAGGUUGCAGUGACCUGCAAGGUGUUUCAAACACAGCCUGUGGCCCCACAGCCCCAACCAGAUGGCGCCAACACAGCAGUCCCCACCCCUGUGGUGAACCCAGCUACAUCUGCACCCUCUCCAGCUGGCCCACCUGCAGCUUCCCUGGUGGUGGGACCUGUGGUGGUGGCAACUCCCCCAGGACCCCAGUUGCACUGGGCACACUACAACCUGCGCCAUGCCUUCAAAGAUGUGGGCUCAAUGGAGUCGGCCUCAGGAGAAGCAUUCCACCUAGGGAAAACACCCAUGGUGGCACGCCCUGGUGUUGCUGUGGCCUCUGGUCCAAUGGUUCGCCUGUGUCCAGGGAGGAUCAGACAUUUCAAGGUCUAGGCUGGACACAGUAGAGAUUAGACGGUUUAGCACAGAGAACAUAGCCACCAUCAUGUCCAAGUCACGACAUGGGUGGGGAUGUUGUCUUCUGUCAAAGCAAGUGCCACAUGUGGUAUGGAUUAAUAUCAGGUCUUGAAUCCCAACUUCACUACAUUCCUCAGGGGAGAGAAACAGAGGAGGUGAUGGUUAUGUGUGAUGAAGGCAUAAGGCCAACAACUUGAUUUUCAUUGUUUUGAUUAUAAGCCACCACCAGUGUGUUCUCUGCCUUCUGUUUGACCCCAUAAAAACAACAGGAACUGUGACUUUGAGAGGUGCUCAUGCUAAGCUUGUAUCUGCCUGUUAAUAAAAGUGCCUGAAGGGCUUUCCUUAAUAAAGAGUGUUCU